GUUUCUAGAAGCUCAUUGCGGUGGCGUUGGUCCUGACUGCAAGUGCUGAUGCAGUGGUGAUGACCAAAAUGUCUUCAGCGCCCCCCUCCCUUUGAGAACUUCUUUCUGCCUGCGCCACAUUUUCGCAGAGCCUCUGUUGUAGGCCCCCUGGAGACCGAGACGAGUGUCUUCGUCACCGCACAGCGCCAGGUGCGGUGCAGCGCGGUGCAGUUUCUGCAAGACUAAGCUGAAUGCUUGGAACCCUUGAUAUUUCGCUGUCUAUAGUGCCUGCCUGUUGGUGGACUGUAGUGACCAUUCAACUAGAGUCUAAAGGAAAUUGGAUUCCUGCUGCUGACCCACAGUGCAAGCUGUAGUAUCCUUGAAUAAGAUGACAGCCAUCUCCCCAGACCCUCAGACCCUGGCCUCAAGUGAACCAAGCAAGGUCCUAAGAAUGGAUACUCCGGGGGAUCAAGAAGCUAUCCUGAGAGGAGACAGUAAAGACCCAGAGACUUUCAGACAGAGAUUCAGGUGGUUUUGUUACUCAGAAGUGGCUGGACCCAGAAAAGCCCUAAAUCAGCUCUGGGAUCUCUGCAUUCAGUGGCUGAGACCAGACAUCCACACGAAAGAACAGAUUUUAGAGCUUUUGGUGUUUGAGCAAUUCCUGACAAUUUUGCCUGGGGAGAUCAGGAUUUGGGUAAAGUCCCAGCAUCCUGAGAGUAGUGAGGAAGUGGUGACCCUGAUAGAGGAUUUGACCCAAACGCUUGAAGAAAAGGAAGAUCCGGUCUCUCAAGAGUCUGUUAUUUCCCAAGAGGAGAAUCCUGAAGAAAAGAAAAUGGUUUCUGUCCUUCCAAGUACUGAGUCCCGGAAGGAAUCCGUGACGAUCAAGGAUGUGGUUGUGAGCUUUUCCAGAGGAGAGUGGAGGAGGCUGGAACCUUUUCAGAAGGAACUCUAUAAGGAAGUGCUGCUGGAGAACUUUAGGAGCCUAGAGUUUCUGGGCUUUCCAGUUUCCAAAUUAGAUUUGAUUUCCCAGUUUAAGUGGGUUGAACUGCCAUGGCUGCUGGAAAAAGAAAUCUCAAAAGGCUCCAGACCAGAGUGUGAGCCUAGAGGUGAAUUGAAGGAAUCCUCUCAAAAUCAAGAUGUUCUAGAAGAAUCAACUUUAGAUAAAAUAAUAGAAAGAUGCCUAAUGGGUGGUAAUUAUGGCCUGAUGGGAGAGUCCCGGAAACGUAGCAGUAAGGAAUAUUCUCAAGUGGCAGGCACACAAAAGAAAACUCAUGGGAGAGGCAGUAAGGGUGAGGAGUUUGACCCAGAAAAGAGCCCCUUUGGAAGUAAUUUCAAGCAUACCUCAGAAAUAAUUAAACAUCUGAGAGUCUACUUAAGGAAGAAGUCUCGGAGGUAUAAUGAAUGCAAGAAACCCUUCAGUUUUCAUUCAGACCUUAUUCUGAACCGCAAAGAACACGCUGGAGAGAAGCCACGGAAAUGUAACGAAGGCAGGAAAGUCUUAGGUCACUCUUCAUCCCUAAGCGAACAUCAGAAACAUCAGAAAAUGCAUUUUGGCGCGAAGACCCAGAAGUGCAGUAAUUGUGGGGUAACGUUUACGCGGAACUCAUCCCUUAAGAGAAAAAACUCCCCUUUGUGUGAAAAAUGUUGGAGAAAUUUAAAUCAAGAUGCAACCUUAGAUAAAGAUGAGGGAGCAGAGGUAGGAGAGAAGACCCAUAAAUGUAGCAAAUGUGGAAAAGCCUUCGGCUAUAGUGCCUCACUGACCAAACAUAGGAGGAUUCACACAGGGGAGAAACCCUACAUGUGCAAUGAAUGUGGAAAAGCUUUCAGUGACAGUUCAUCCCUCACACCACACCACAGAACCCACAGCGGAGAGAAACCCUACAAAUGUGAUGAUUGUGGAAAAGCUUUCACCCUGAGUGCCCACCUCAUCAAACAUCAGAGAGUUCAUACCGGAGAAAAACCCUAUAAAUGUAAAGAAUGCGGGAGACCCUUCAGUGACAGUUCCUCUCUUAUUCAGCAUCAGCGAAUUCAUACUGGAGAGAAACCCUACACGUGUAACAACUGUGGAAAAUCCUUCAGUCACAGCUCGUCCCUUUCCAAACAUCAGAGGAUUCAUACUGGAGAGAAGCCCUAUAAAUGCGGUGAAUGUGGAAAAGCCUUUAGACAGAAUUCUUGCCUUACGCGACAUCAGAGGAUCCACACUGGAGAAAAACCCUAUUUGUGUAAUGACUGCGGGAUGACUUUCAGCCAUUUUACGUCCGUCAUUUAUCAUCAGCGACUUCAUUCAGGAGAAAAGCCCUACAAGUGUAACCAGUGUGAGAAAGCCUUCCCUACCCAUUCACUCCUCAGUCGCCAUCAGAGAAUUCAUACUGGCGUAAAGCCGUAUAAAUGUAAGGAAUGUGGGAAAUCUUUCAGUCAGAGUUCAUCUCUUAACGAGCAUCAUCGGAUUCAUACUGGAGAGAAGCCCUAUGAAUGUAAUUACUGUGGAGCGACCUUCAGCCGGAGCUCAAUCCUUGUGGAACACCUAAAAAUCCACACUGGAAGGAGAGAAUAUGAAUGUAACGAAUGUGAAAAGACAUUUAAGAGUAACUCAGGCCUCAUCAGACAUCGGGGAUUUCAUUCUGGAGAGUAAUUCUUGAAAUACAGUAAGGUGGUUGGGGGGGGGGGUGUGGAGUCUCAUCAAAUUGUCCCUUAUUAAAAACCCAGGGUGGAAACGACCACCACAUUGAUCAGUAGCUACAACUUGAAUGGGUUGGCAGCUGGGAAAAACACUUUUUGCCAUUCACCACUCUUCUUUGGUAGAUUGUAAGUAGGGUUGGUAAAGUUAGUAAAGUAGAGUUGGUAAACGGAUGAAAAGUGAAGAAAGGGUGAGAUGCGCAAUGAUUCCGAAAGAUCAAAUGCAGAUUUAAAAAGCAAGAGGAGUGCACGAGACCCACUGAUGAACCUUUUUUUUUCUUCAAGAGAUUUCCCUCUUCUAGCAAGAACUGGUCUCAAGUCAUAACCUAGGUUCUGGGUUCUGUCCCAGUUUGCCAACCAGCUCACUGCAUAACCUUGGACCCAUCAUUUGACCUUUCUAAAUUUGGGUUUUCUUCACUGGUGGCAGGAAGGGGGUGGGGCUGACAAUUUCUAAGUUUACCUCCGAUCCUCUCUGAAGCUGUGGGAAUAAGCUAAAUUGGAAUUUGCAAGUUUCGGUAGUAGAAAAGCACUUAUUUAAGAUUCUGAACUGAGAAUGUGGUAUACUCUUCAAAUGCCAGAUGCUGGAAUCCCUAGAAUAUCAACAGGAACGAGUCGGCAGAGCUCACACGGUGUGUCUUCAGGGAAUGUUUUUAUUGGACAAAGUACCCCAACCUGUUUUUCCCUCUGGGCUUUGACUGAGGGGAUUUUAGGAAUCUAGAGGGCAAACAUUGGAGCCAUCUCAGCCAUGAGAGUACCGGUCCUAGGAAAAUGGGUUGGGGGCUGGGGAGGGGGCGGUGGGGAAGGAAGCGGGUGUUGAAAACAGAGCUAUUCUGGAUGGAUUAUCUUUUGCGAAAGAAAAUUCUAUUUUUUUAAAAGCUUGUUUAUCGUAAGUACAGCCCCCCUAUAAUCAGAGUGCAAACAUGGUGUAUGGCAAAGGUCACAAGCUAAGAUUGAGCCGUUUGAUGUUUUGGUUGAUCUGCAUGGUAAGAUGUGCGUGUGUGUGUGUAGGUGGGUGGAUGGGUGGAACUUGUCACCAUUUAAAAUUUAAAAAUUAGGAGAUUUCAUACCAAAAAAUAAAAGGCUUGCCUUGAAAAAUUAUAAGGGCUGUUAACCCUGACCCAUACUUCAGUGGAGUAGUCCACUGGUUUGGGGUAGCAGCUGCUGCCUUUACACAGGGAAUCUACUCUUCUACCAGCCAAGUUCUCUGAUUUAUAGGACUUGACUUGCCCUGACUAUAGGAACUUGAUACUAUGGUCCCCUGCCAUCUAGAGAAUAUGUAUCCUAAAGUCUAAAGAGACUCCCCCGAUAGUCAAAUACAGCGGAAGAAUGUAGAAGUCCCACAAAAUAACUUCUCAGUUAAGUGCUUUGUUGUGAAAUUAGACUUGAAGAGAGCAGUUAUUAGUGGAUUAUUUCUUGUGACGAAUCUCAUCGGUGGAGUGUGAAUAACCAUUUCUGACUGAAAGAGGAACUAAAACCCUGAGUCGGGUGUAGGUCUCAAGUCCUAGGGUUCUGGAGGCGCCCUUCUGAUUCAGCGAUGGUACCAAGAAGUGCAUAAAGUUGAAAUCUGAGGUCGCUCCCUAAUAAAGGAGAACGAAAACAGAAAACUUGGCUUGUGGAAGUGAAGAGAUCCUGAAUGCUGAUGGAGACUCAGCAAUAUUUGCUGCGAUUUAAUGGGUAUAGGUUUGCGAUACUACCUCUGGAUAAUGCUUUUGGUUUCUUCCUUAUACCCCCACUCCCUGCCCCCACCCCCAGAGGCCUGUAGUUCAGAUACUGCUGUAUGGUAUGUUGGUCUGCAUAAUUGUCACUAAAUGGACCGACCAGAGACAUUCUAGCCAUGAAAAGAAAAUGGCUUAGGAAGAUCAUUCACCUGGGCUUUUUUUCCAAACAUACAUAAACCCUGAUUUUUUUUUAAAGAUACAGUUUAUAGAGAAAUACGUAAAGUUCUUGAGACGAGGCUUCUUCCAGGAUGUUCACUAGUUACAGCCUCCAACAUUCAUAAGAGGAGGUUUUAUACCAGUACCAGCUGGAUGUCUGGAACAUAGAGGUUCUUUUUUUUUCUUUUUUUUUUUUUAAGCAAGUUUUUUGGGGUGGAAAUUACAUACAAAGGUCAUUUCAAGUGUACAAUUGGUGAGUUUUGGCAGACUCACUGAAUUGUACAAUCAUCACCACAGUCCAUUUUUAGAACAUUUUAUAAACUCAGUAAGAUCCCUCAGCCCCGUUUACAGUUAACCCCCAUUCCCACACUUAGCCUCAGGCAAUCACUCUGUCCCUGUCGAGUUGCCUUUUCUGGACAUUUUAUACAAAUAGGAUCAUAUGUGGUCUUGUGUUUUUCAUUAAUGUAUUUUCUAAGUUCAUGUUGUAGCACAUCGGGCCUUUAUUUUUAUGGCUAAAUGAGACCCUAUUUUAUGGAUAUACCAUAUUUUGUCCAUUCACCAGUUGAAGGACAUUUGGGUUGUUUACAGUUUUUGGCUGUUCAUAAUAAUGCUGCUUUGAACAUUGAUGUGUAAGUCUUUCUGUAGACACAUUUUCAUUGUUCUUAGGUAGAUGCCUGAGUGGCUGGCCCACAGGGUAAAUUUUGUUUAACUUCCUAAGAUAUUGCCAAAUUGUUUUGUAGGUGAGUACAUGAUUUUUCGUUCUGAGCAGCGCUGAAUGACCCCUACAGUCAGAGAAUAUAGAUCUUAAAAUCUGAACAAACUCCACUGAUCGUGAAAUGCAGGAAGAGAACGUAGAAAAUCAUACAGAGUAACUUUUCAGUUUUGUUUGUGAAAUUAGACCUCAGAGGAAUGGAGUAUGCAGGGACUAGUGGAUUAUUUCUUAAGAAUUUCAUUGGCAAGGUCUGAAUAUAAUUUCUAAAUGAAAAGGAAACUAAAGCCCUGAGUCAGUCAGGUUUCUGUACAUCCUCACUGACUCUUGUGGUAUUGUCUGCCUUUUUCAUUAUAGCUGUCCUAAGGGUUGAAAUGCUAUCUCUUUGUGGUUUUAAUUUACAUUUCCCUGAUGGCUAAUGAUGUUGAGAAUCUUUUCAGGUACUCAAUAGCUAUUCAUUUAUCUUCUUCAGCAAAAUGUUUAUUCAAGGUUUUUUCCAUUUAAAGAGUUAGGUCUAUUGAGCUGUCAUAUUUUAUAUUCUACGUGAAAGUCCUUUCUCCAGUAUGGAGAAAUACUAGACGUGGAGAGCUGCCUCAAACUCUACUGCAUGAUAUUUAUAAAAAGCUUGUUUUUAAUAACUACUUAUCUAUAAUUGCCUAAAGGAUAGUCGAUGCGGGCCAUCAACUUAAGUACUUAAAUUUAUUUUUUAUGUCCUAUCAGAUAAUCAAGAGAUUUUAAACUUCUUUUGAUCUCUUAUCAAAUUGUUCUUAUUAACAAAAUUAGCAGUAUUUAUUAAUACUAUUAAAACCAGUAUUUAACUUAAUGCUGUUUAGGUACAUUGACAGGUAUUAAAAUCAGCCCUUUAAC